UCCCCCAAAACAAAAACAAUGACCCCGACAAUGAUGACAUGACCACGACCACAUUCACGACCACUCGCACAUUUGAUCGCACAUCUGCUUUGCGACAUACACGACCUCGAAAUGAAAAGGAUGUAGUCUUAUCCUCGGGGCAGCGACAUCAGCCGCUGCAACCUCCGCUACGCUACUACCCGGCUUAUUGCUUCCCCGCAUCGCCGACAUUCGGGACUUGGGCACACUUGAGCAUCGCAGACGUGCGUCGUCUGGAUAGCAUAGAUGGAUAUGAUUUUCAAAGUAUCUAUUUCCACUUGAACCACCCUAUCAAAUAUGUCCGUCUUGUCGGGAUCAUUAUUGCAUUUGACCAGUACGAAACCCGUAACGUCCUGACACUAGACGAUGGUUCAGGCGCCACCAUCGAAGUCGGGUGCCGACGGACCGAAGAAGAGAUUCAAGCGCAGGCUCAAAUACGAGCAGGUCUUGAUCCAUCAAGCGAUCUUUACACCGGCAACGGAACGGGCUUAAAGUCCACUACUACCGGUGCCGGCAAGGACAAGGACAAGGCUCUUGCAAAUGAUCGCAAGGCUUCCGGUAAUACAGCCACGGACCAAGGGAUCAACUUAAGCUGCUACGACGUCGGCUCCAUUGUCAAAGUCAAAGGCCUCAUUAAGGUAUUCCGUGGCACUCGACAAUUGGAACUAAAGCGAAUAAGUCCCAUAACCUCCACGACUCAAGAAAUGCACGCAUGGGAAGAGAAUACGCAUUUUCGCACUACUAUCCUCUCUACGCCAUGGUACGUAUCGCCGGCGAAGGAACAACAACUUUUCGAUGAAGCAAACGGUGCGCGACGGAGAGAACAAGAAAAAAUCAAGCGCCAUCAAGCGCGGAAACGGAAACAAGCAGAGCGCGAAAAGCGUCAUUUGGAACGCGAGAAGGAGCGGCAGCGGAAGAAGGAGAAGCUAGAGGAGCAGGCCAGACUUUCGUCUCGAAAGCCCGGCGGUCGUAUUCGCAGCAAGGGUGGCAACCACAGAAAUGAAGAAGCCGAAGAAAUGUUUCGAGGAAAUCCACUGGACGUCAGGCCCGGAGCUAUACAUGUUCCUAUUCGGACGCAGGAUGUAGCGCGACAACAAAGACAACGAGAUAUUUCCCCACCGCCAAAAACUACUUCCAAACUACAUUCGAAGUCGAAGCUAGAGUCUAAGCUCGGCCAAGAGAACCAGUCAUCAAAGAAACGUGUCCGAGACGAAGCUUUUCCUAUGACAGAUCGCACACGAUUACCGGAACGACGUGUUUCGAACAAAGACCAGACAGCAAGGCGCAGCAGCUCCUCCUCCUCGUCCGCGGCGUCAGAUUCAUCAUCCACAUCGUCCGAUGAGCAAACGAGGCCGCCCGCAAAGUCCCGUACUCGAGACUCACAUCGCUCACCACGCUCGCAUGUUACUACUCAACAUGGACGUGGACACCGAGAUGGGCGUGCCCAUGCCAAUAAGAUGCAGCAGAUCCAGAAUACUAGUAUAAAGCCCGUCGGAGAUUUUGACGCUCUUGGUCUUUAA